GCUUCAAUAGAAACAGACCAUCCCUCUCUACUAUCCACACUCAAUGAAAUCAGAGCUAUAAUUAAUUAUAUAUCUACACCUGAACCAAUUACUCUAACAGCUACUUUCCAACAAGAAGUUGAAACUGCUAUUGCAUUCUUACAUACUCACUUUACCUUCAGAGAGGUUCCUUCUCACAUCGUUAAUAUCCUUGAACUCCCUGUACCCAAAUGUGAACUUUUUAACAACUACGUUCCUUAUGAGUGA